AUGUUUUCAGGUAUAGUUACCAUGGCAUAUAGAACUGGAGGAAGAGGAAGAGGAAGAGGACGACCAAGUUCAUUAAGAAGACCAAGUUCAUCAACGAGAACAACAGAUCAUUCUCCACAUAUAUCUUACACAGCUGCUGGUGGUGGACAGGUCUAUAUCAGUUUUCCUAUAAACCCUUGGGAAGUCUUAGGCCUCACCUCCUCUGCGGUUUCUCGUGAUGCUGUGAAGAUGGCUUUCCGAAGUAAGAUUACAGAACCACAACGUCAAAAUCGAGCGCUGGCUUCCCUCGCCAAUCAUAUUCUUACCUCAACAGAACCAAGAUACCAGCGUCAACGAGGUAGUGACCUGUAUACCAUCAAAACUCGCGACCAUUUUACCAUAGCAGCGUAUGGUAACACAAAUGAGCUUGCAGUGUUGCUUAGAAGAGAUAAAUCCCUGGUCAAAAAGUCAGACGAACACGGUCGCACGUUGCUAUAUUUGGCUUGCAAGUCGGGUUUCUACGAUAUGGUGAAAAUGCUAUUGAAAGAAGGCGCGGAUAUCAACAAGAUCCAGAGAGAUGGUAGCACACCACUUCAUGCUGCAGCGUUCUUUGGUCAACCUCUUGUUGUCGGUUUGUUGCUUGAAUAUGGCGCACAAACUGACAUCAAGAAUAAAUGGGGACAAACAGCAUUGCAAGAAAGCCACUCAACCGAUAUCACAAAUUUGAUUCAAAAUGCUACAUCAGAUUUUAUAUUUUCCCUGAAAACCAAACUGAUGGCGAAGCAACUCGUUUCAGAAAUGCGUCCGAUCGAGUUCAAAGGUCGAGUCAUCGCGAAAGAGCUAAUCCGUCAUCCGAAUAUCCUUGAUCCGAAAACACGCACGAAAUUAAACACAAUCCUUAAGAAUUGGGAGAUGACAUGGCAUGGAACACGGUUUAAGAAUCUUGAGUCAAUCCUGGCGAAUGGUCUUCUCCCCGCUGGUACAAGAGGAAUCAAACCCCCACGUGGUCAUUUUAAACUGGGGGAAACAUUCUUCGGUAUCCCAAACUGGGCAGCAGCCAUCUUUCUUUCACCAAGUAUCCUGUACUCCGCACACGCAGCCUAUUCUGAAAGGGUGAUGUCUAACAAGGAACAAUGGUGUGUCUUGUUCAAAGUAUAUUGUCUUCCGGAAAGCUACAAAGCGUAUGAUCCAACUGUUUUAAGGUAUUUAAGCUACGUUCAUGCAAAUUUGCUGUGCUUUGCAAUUAGUUGUGCUUGAAUUCGUCCGGAUUCAUUUGUCCCGUACCAACACAAAACGCGAAAUCGCGCGAAUUUGGGUGCGGUUUCGAAUUCAUCCUGUACCAUAUGAAAAGAGCUUAAUUUAAACAGCAACAAAACUCUACAAUGUAGCUAGACUACGAGAUUUUGAUUGGUUGACUUUCGCACUAACCGUAGUUACCUUAACUACAUUUUUAUACAACCUGACCUGAAUAUUAGGUACCAACAAAAUAUAGAUCUUUUCGAUGUUUCAUUUUCUAGCUACGAAGGGAUGAAAGGUGAGCCCGAUUUACCCGAAUACCGCGUGCCUGUUGAGGGGGACGACAAAGAAGUUAUUAUUCGUGUGGAAUCUGAGCGUAGUGUUGUUGUUCGUUCACUCAUCUUUAUUCGCGCGAGUGUCUUAGAAAACCAAGAAUUAAAUUUCAAGGAAGCAACGAAGCUAUUCAGGGAAUAAAUUUUGUCUUCAAAUGAAUGGAACAUGCUUUAAUAGCGACUUUUUUUUCUCGAAUUAUUUAUAGUUAUAUAACUUUGAAAUGAUGGUCAAAAAUCAUUUAAAAUUGGGGAAAAAACCCAGAAAAUCCGCAUAGCUAGCAGGAGUAAUUGGUUCAUAUUAUGAAUAUAAUCUGUAUUGACUGUAAUAUAAUGAAUGUAGAAUACAAUAUCAAUGGCAGUGUAGGAAUCGGUUCGACUCAAAACCUUAACACAGGGACCGCGGAGCCGGUUUGAAAGUGUGGAAGGGGGGUGGCGCAGGAUAGCACGAGAGCUAUAUGCCACGCAGGCAGACUGGAUUUUAUUCGGUAAUUUUUUUAUCCACCAAAAAAGUGGGGGGGGGGGGCAUGCCCUCCCGGCCCCCUGUUCCGCGGUCCCGGUAACACGGAGCAGUGUAUAGUUAUCCAAACAAUCGAUAUCUGUUGAACUAUAUCAAACUAUCGGUGUCAGUGCAGGUAUAGUAAGUAGAGACGAUAACAAGACAGGUGUGCAUAAAAAAUAUAAGGAUUAAUUUCCUAAAACGUUUUUCGUAUAGAGCCGGACAAAGUCGUGGAACGAAUUAUCGAGUAACAUAACCAACGAUUACCGAGAGCUAUCAAUCAAUGCUUUUAAAGAGCGACUUGAAAUAACCAAAUGAUUCCGUGUAUAUGGUUGUUUAAGUUCUUCAUAUUAAUAUUUUGUUAUUUCCUUUGUAAUACAG